AUGUCAUAUUAUAACAGAGGACAACGAGGAAGAAAUAAUAAUUAUUCAAAUAAUAAUCAACGGCCAGUUGAUCUUAAUGAAGAAGAGUUUCGUUUAGUUAAUCAAGGACGGGAUGAAUUAUUUGAAAAAAAGAAAACUUUUUCCAUAAUAACUUCACUCAAGAAUUGCUCAUUAUUAUUACGUGAAAACUUGUUUCAAGGGGAUCGAUGGGAAAUCGAAGAGUUAAUGCAAUUAAAAAGACGUUUAAAUGAUACACGAAAUCGGCUAAAUGAAAAAGAUAUUAAAGUAUGGAAACAACAUACGGGUAAGACGAAUAUGACGGGUAAGAUUGUUUGGUCAUUACGAGAUCAAAAUCGUAUUGAAAUGUGCACAAAUGCAUGGAUUAAAAUGGCAGAGAUAUUUUCUCAAUAUCGAACUCUUAUUCCUAGAGAUUUAUCAGAGCAUGAGCCAUUUCGUAGUGUUCACGUUUGUGAAGCACCGGGCGCAUUUAUAUGUGCAACUAACUUUUAUUUUAAUAAAAUAUGUGAAGAAAGAGAUUCCCGUUCGUCUCGACGACGAUGGGAAUGGACAGGCCUUUCUUUAAAUCCGUAUUACGAAGGAAAUGAUCAAGAAGCAAUGGUUGAUGAUGAUCGAUUUAUUGUUGAAACAUUAAAUCGAUGGUAUUUUGGUGUUGAUAAUAGUGGAAAUAUAUUAAACCAAAACAAUAUCAAUGGUUUAUGGAAUAAAAUAAACAAUGAAUCGAACGCAAUGGGUGUUCAUCUUGUCACAGGUGAUGGCUCAGUUGAUACUUCAGGUGAUCCUAACGAACAAGAAUCGAUCGUCUCUGAGUUACAUUAUACAGAGGCUAUUUGUGCACUAGGUGUUUUAGCCAAAGGUGGUUCAGUCGUUUUGAAAAUGUUUAGUUUAUUUGAGUGUGAUACUGUUUGUCUUCUUUAUAUUCUUGCACUUCAUUUCAAAGAAUUGAAUAUUUUCAAGCCGGCAUCAUCCCGCGCACCUAAUGGCGAAACAUAUGCUAUUGCCAUUGGAUUUCGUGGCAUUAAUAAUGAGGUUCUUCAAUCGUUGCUUUCAUUUGUGUCAUCAACCUUUCCUUCUGGUAAAGCUUUAAUACCACGUCAAUCGAUUCCGCAAUCAUUUAUUGAUGAAUUAAUCAAAUUCGCUGAAUAUUUUACGAUGAAACAAAUUCAAGCAUUGGAACGGAACCUUGAUUUAGAAAAAAUUUGGAAUCGUAAUGUUGACCAAGCCGUAUAUCGAUUAAAUAUGGAUGUUGCUAAAGAAUUUCGACGGCAAUGCUCCAUUGAUUUUCAUUAUAAACAACGUGUGCGUAUUGUCAAUGAUGUGUAUCUGGAUGGAUCAGCAAAAUCACUGGGAAACAGUGCUUCCCUUGUUAAGGGUGGAUUGAAACAACGUGAAGGUGGAACGCUUGCAGAUCGACAAGACAAAAAACGUUCACGGGAAGAAUUUAUAUCAGAUUCAAAUCGGACCGAAACAGAUACUCUAAAUAAAAGACGCGCAUUAGAUCAAGGUAAAACGGUUGCCAUUGGAAGUGCAGGUUGCGCAACGAGAACAGCAGAUAGUGGUAACGAAACGUCUGAAAUGGAUACAGCUUCAUCUAAUAAUGAACAGCAGCAAUCGGUUGCAAUGAAGAUGAUGAAGAAAAUGGGUCACAUAGAAGGACAAGGCUUAGGUGCACACAGUCAAGGACGAUCAGCUCCAAUCGAAACACUAGUGCUUAAUUCUCGUCUUGGCUUAGGUCAUCAUAACCAACCAUCGGUGUCCUCAUCCUCAUCCUCUUCUUCAACUGUACCAAAAGUUAAGGAUGAGCCUUUAUUUUCCGAAUAUGAUCAACCAAUUUCAAAUCGCUCGUUUCAUCUUUCAUUGGAUCAAUCAUCUGUGACAGUUGCAUCCGGCUUGCGGUCAGUUCUAUCAUCACUUUAUGUAAAAUUUAGUGAUUUAGAAUUGCUAUACAAGAAACGCGAAGAAUGCCAGAAAAAGAUCAGAGAACAGCACUCAUCGAAAAGAGGAAUAUUCAUUGCUGCUCAACUUGAAUUAUUAAAUAAAGAAGAAAAAUAUCGAACUAUUCAUGGAAUAUUCGUCCAUUAUCAAACAGCAUUUCAGUUAGCGACACUUGAUAAACUUUUCAAAUUGACGUCAUCAUUGCAUUUGAAUAAUUCAACUCCAUUGGCAUUCUUCAUCGAUAAUGUGUCAUUCACUGGUUUUGCUGAAUAUCUCCUUUGGCAACAACGAGAAAAUGUUCAAGGCUUCAUUAUAUCCAAUUUGAAAAAUAAUUGCCCAAUAAACCCAUAUGUUCAAUAUAGAUCUUCAAUUGAAUCUAUUCAUUCAAAAUUUCAUUUGUUUUUUUCUGAUCUUUCAAUUUUACCAAUGGAUCAGAAGAUUAAUCGACGUUAUCUUGAACAAUAUAAUAAACGUCAAAUGCUAAUAGCAUGUCGAAAUGCUUUGACAAACAUUCAUGAAAAUGGC